GCCGAAGGUCACAAGCAAGGAAAGGCGGGCGAGGUACACAAGUUGGUAUGGCGACCCAUGUACUUUCCAGUUGUGUCCUCUGUCCCGUCGCAACUGCAAAGGGUUUCACGCAACACAAAUACGCUGAAGGCGGCGUCAAGUAACAUACACAACCAGAAAGCACUUGCUCCCUGACAUAGGCCUUCCCUCGCGCUCACAUUUUACAUCGAGGGAUUUCAAAGCUUUGUGGCUGGGCACGCUUAGUCCUGCACAACGGCCUGAGAUUGACAAACACGCUCCACUUGCAACAGCACAGUUGCUGGCAAGGGAGCCACCAUCACCUGCUUGCGGCCUGCUGCCUGAGAGGACAAUUGGCGCCAAGCAUGAAGCAACGCCACGCUUCAGUACUCGCGUGUAUACUAUGCUGCUGCGCGCUCGCCCAUGGUGCGCUGACCGCGCGCCGUUCGCUGCUCGGCUCUGGAAAGAACAAAAACAAGACCGACACCAGCGCGACGUACGUGUACGCGUGGGCGGGGCCCAAGAAUGCAAGCCUGGGCGGCAAGGAUUCCAUCUUCGUCAUCUCGCUUGCCGACGGCGAGUAUGGCAAGAUCGUGAGCGUCGUGCCCACUCCCUACUCAACGCUGGAGCCGCAUCACUGCCGCAUCAGCAGCACCCGCAAAUACAUGGGCUGCUCGGGCCUGUUUGCCGCGUUCUCCGGCAUUCCGGGCGCCUUGUUCUUCGAGCUGUCGGACCCCCGCACCCCCAAACUCGUGGACCCCGCGAAGGUGGACCAGCCCAAGCACUCCGCCUUUGCGGACGAGUUCGUGGCGACUGAGGACGGCGGCUUCCUGCUGACGAUGAUGGGCACCCCCACGGGCGGCUCCCCGGGCCGUGUGGCGCAUUACGACAAGGACCUCAAGCUGAUUGGCGAAUACCCCGACCCGGUCAAGUUCCCCCAGGUGGAGGGCCUGAACCCACACGGCCUGGGCGUGAGCUGGGUGCACAAGACCAUGCUGACCGUUGACUUUUUUGAGCCGGCUUCCUCGAUGGCGGGUCGCACGCUCAAGCUGCGCAGCACUGUGCGGUUGUGGAACAUCAGCGACUGGACCAUUAGCGAGACAAUCGACGCGUCCAUGAUCAAGAACGUCAGCGGGCCCAUGGACGCUGUCGCCAUCGCCGAGACCGGUGCCUAUUUCUUCGGCGGCGGCAACGGCUACGUCUACUACCUGGAUGGCAAGGGUCCCAAGCCGCAUGUACCGGUGGUGGCCUGGGAUGGGCUUGACGGCAACCCCAACCGCACCAGCUUCGGUUGCAUCAUGCACCCCUUCCGCAACGGCACACGGCUGCUGGCGGCGAUGUUCGUGAGGGACCAGGUCCAGCUGCUCGACACGACCAACCCCCAGAAGCUCAAGCUACUCGAUACACUGCAGCUGCCCAAGGGCGCGGGUGGCCACGCAGUCCGAGUCAGCCGGGAUGAGAAGAUGGGCGCCGUCGCCACCUACUAUCUGGAACAGGGGGCCAGGGGACAGCUCCACCACGAGGGGGACCUCACGAUUCGGCUGUUCGGCCUGAACGACCGGGCCACCAAGUUCAUCCUCCGGCAGCCGGCCAAGUCGCUGAUCGACUUCAAGACGGUGGCGAAGAAGCAGGGCCCCUUCAGGCCGCACGGCAUCGCCAUUUACUAGGUAGGUAGAAGCACUACUGGAGCAAGCAGCCGAACGGAGACGUGUUGCUGAGGAACGCGUUAGUUUAAGGGUCGCUACUCGCCUCCCCUGCUACUCGCUAGCCAUCAACGCCACCUGGCAGCUACCGUAUUCAGCGCUACACGCGGCUCGAUCUCCCCGCCGGCAGCUGACGUGGCAAGGCAGAUUAGUACGCGCCGCAUCUGCGUGCACGUGGUUAGUGCACAGCUAACGCGCUAGCUUACACACCUGAUUCUAAGUGUGAAUGUUGAUCAACGGAUAGGGGGUACAGAUGAAGCGAGCUGAGCGCAGCAUUCAUGAUUCCAGGGUACAUGAGCACCAUUUCAAUUCUUCCUUGCAUUAUAAGAAUGGGGAUUGGGCCAACAAGUGAUGCUGCAGAUUAAUAUCAGCUGGCGUAGGCAGGGGUGCAUCACGUGACGGUGGGGUCGGUGCCCUGGGCACGUGCAUGGAGUAGCAGAGCCAAUCUACUUAUUUUGUUGAGGCAUCAUCUUCUAUCGAUGACCCCGCCGUGUGCGUGUGCAUAUUGUUAUAAUGCAUGGGUAUGUCGUCAUGACGUGCCUGCUAGUUUACAGACGGCAAAGAAAGUUGCUUGGGUGGCGGCUGACAAGCCUGGACUGAUUGAUUUCCGGCGGGUGCAGGUUCAUGUUGCAACCUGCUGUGCACCCAUCUGGGCUUCAAUUCUUGCACUCAUGCACACAUCCGCAUGACUUCGCGCGCCAGCAAGGCUUGCAAGAUAGAAUAAUUGGGGGCAGGUGGGGACGGACUGUUCAUCACAACGAUGCUUCAAGGAAACGUGUUCAGUAGGCGGCAGUGGUGAUAGAUGUGGCGGUAAAGGCACCUAGCUAAUAUCAAGUUUGGAGACGAACUGCUCCUCCGCUCAGAUGGCAUGCGUGGGUUUCGUGUUUGGUCUCGCAUGAAGUCAUGAGUAGCAGCUUGCAGACACGCUACUACAACCGUCAUGCGAAACACGCCGCCGGCUUUUACCACAAGCACACAGCUUUGGCUCCGACUGGCUGAACCUGACGCGGCUGCUGCUGUGGGUGAAAAUCGGGUAGCUACAGGCUGCGGCGGCGGGCGCAGGCGUGUCGGGCCAGGGUUGUCAGAGGAGGGCCCACAGCUUCAACCGACCUGUCCGAGCGA